AUGGCGGCGAUUCGGUNCGCGGCGAGGAGGAUCGGUGGCUCCCUGCUCCAGCGGACGCAGGCGGCGGUCGUGGAGGAGGGACCACGCCGGCUCGCGCCAAGCAGGCUCAUGCGCUCCCGCCAGCUCUCCAGCCAGGUCUCCGGCGAGCGUGCUGGCAAGAUCCUGAAGAAGGAAGAGCUGGACUUUGAGGAGAUGAAGACGGUGUUAGAUACGUUGGCGGAGCUCCAAAAGGAAGCAGGACCCUCUGUCUUUCUAAUGCGCAUGAUGUCCAUCGGACGUGCUGCUAAGACUGUGGUUGUUGGAGCUGCCAAGUUGACACUUGUCUAUGUCGCUGCGGCUGUUGCUUUUGGUGGCGAUGGGGUAGAAGCCGAGGCUGCUACCAAGGAAAACCAGUGA